UUGGCAACAGAUGUCUGCUCAGGGCAAAUCUUCCUCAGCAGAAAAAAACAAAUUAUAAAAAAAACACCAAAACUUAUUUGAUGGUUCCAUGAUUCCUUCUCCUUCAUCCCUCAUGUACAGUCAUUUAAAGUUUCCUGAAUUCUUUGACUCCGACUCUUCCAUGCCAUCCUACUGCCAUACCAGGCCUGCCGCUCUGGUUUCAAACCUCAUCCUUCUCUUCAUCCCUGGCCUAAAUUCUGGAAACAGCCUCAUAAGCCUGUCCCAGACUCAGUCCUCCCUCUGCGACUCUGCGUUGUUGCUGUAUUUGUCUCCUUGUAAAACAAAGCCCAGCGACUCCUUUGGCCUACCUUGCAUCAGGAUAAUGUGUAAAUCUGGGCUAUCCAAUACAGUCUCACUAGGCACACGUGGCUAUUGAGUUCUUGAAAUGUGGCUAGUCCAUAUUAGGAUGUGUUGUAGGUGUAAAAUCCACACCCUCUAUCAAAGACUUAGGGAAAAAAUGUAAAAUAGCUCAUUGGUAAUUUUUAUAUUGAUUACAUGUUGAAAUUACAGUAUUUUAGAUAGAUUGAGUUAAAUAACAUAUCGUAAAAGUUCAUUUCUCCUAUUUCUUUUUACUUUUUUAGGAUAGCUACUAGAAAAUUGAAAUUACAGGUAUGGUUCACCUUAUGUUUCUGUUGGUUAGUGCUGGUCUAAGCUGUAUCAUGACAUUUAAAGUUUCUUGUAGCCUGGCCUCAGCUGCCUCUUUAGCCUCGAAUCCCAGCCCUUCCUGCCCACCUGUAAAUUUCUCAUAAUCCCCCAAACUCACCAGGCUUAUUUAUAUUAUGGGGUUUUAUUUUAUUUUUUAUAUUCUGUUUCUUCUUUCUGAAAUGUCCUCCCCUUUCUUUCUUAGCCAUAAAAGUCCUACUCAGACUUUUAGGACCUAACUGAAUUGUCCCAUGCUGGUGAGGUUAUGCCCUGUUUCCACAGACAGAAUUAGCAUCUCCUCCCUGGGUGGCAAGUUCUUGGUGCCUCCAUUAUCGUGCUUGUCUUGCUCUUCUGCCAUUAGCUGUCCUCUUAACUAGGCUUCUCAAGGGAAAAGGCUGCAACUUAUUCCUCUCGUGACCCCUGAGGGCAGUACCUGGUGCGAACUGGACAUUUAAUUGACAUUUAUUAAAUUAAUGUGUGCAUUAAUUUCAUUGUUCUGCACACACUGCUAUUUUUACCUGCAUCCGGCCUUGAUUAUCUGAACCCAUUGGCCGUGGAGAAAAUUGGAUGCUGAGGUGGACAGCACUGGACCUUUCAGCCAGAACUCCAGUUUCACAUUUUUCUGUUUAGUAAAAUGACCACUUUGUUCUCCCUGGUCAACUUAUACUGAUUAAAAAUUCUGUAUUUGGAUUUAUGAAAUCCAUGGAUGUCAUACAGACCAAAAGUGUAAAAUGGUGGUAUAAAUUAUUGUUUUUACUCUUUUGUUUACAGGGAUUCCAAAUAAGAUUUUGUUUGAUUGAAGAUUCCACUUCUAAACAAGUUUGGAAGCCACUGUUUUAAUCCUAAAUUUCAUUUACGUUUCCAUUCCAAAGGUUUCAUUUUGGUUUUGAUGAGGAGGUUUCUAGUAUCAUUCGAGUUCACAUAGAACAAGACUUCUCAAGUCUGGCUUCGCAAUAGCUACCUCUGGGAAGCUUUCAAAAUUACUGAUGGCCAGGCCCACCCCCAGGGAUCUUGGUAUUAUAGAGCUCGACGAGGAGGGCCUGGACACCAGUAUUUAUGAAAAGCAUAAAUACCUUAUAAUAAAUUGAUUCCGCUUAAGGAACUAGGUAGUUAACUAUGAAAAUGUUGAGGUUUUGAAUUGAUGAUUUUUCUUUCCUUUUAUUAAUGAUAUUGUGAGUAAAGGCAAUGUAGUCUUAAGUUUGUACUAUGAUUUUGGGAUCAAAAACAGCAUUUAAUUGAACUCAUUUUCUGAGGACAAUUUCCUAAGUCUUGGGAAAUUAAAAGUUACCUUUUCUGUCAUUCUCUAAAACCUACAUGCAGCAGAAUUUUAAUGUCUCUUAUUGGUGGAAAUAGCUAACAAAAGACCUAUUUCAGAUCAUGGAAAUGAGGACUGACAAGGGCAGGGGGUAGAAGUCCGCGCAGGUAGUGGCCUCCUUGGCAUCCUUGUUAGCUUGAAUAAACAGUAGUCCCCCGACAGGGCCUCCAUAGCUCCGCCAGGAUAAAAGCUGACAUUCUGCUUAAUCACUUUGUAAUGAUAUUCUUCCUUUUGUUCUUGGUAUGUGAGAAACCAAUUUUUCUUUUAAAGGUUUGGGAAAGAAUUAACUUUAAUUUCCUAAUGCGGUACGAUGGGUGGGUAAUGCAUACGUUAUUCUUGUGGGGACUCCUGGGGGGGGGGUUGGGAAUGACCUCGUUUCUGUUUAUCAAAUAUCUCAUCAUAAAUCUUUAAAAACUUAUAAAGUAUCUUAAAUCCUGUAAAGGAAAAAAUCUGGGAUAAAUCCUUUGGCCACGUUGUAAGAAAAUCCUAUGAAUUCUGAUAGCAUGUUCCAUGUCAUUAUACUAUUAAAAUGCAGAUGUAAAUAAAACUGGCAAAUUAUCAAUUUGUUGAAAGUGAUUGUAUGCUCUUAAUUCUUCUGAAGUGUCCUCUCUUUCAGUUUGGGCUCUUUUGGAAAAAAAGAAGGAAAAAUACACACUUGGGAUGGAAUCCUUUAGGGCAGAAAAAGCAAUAGAAUCCGUUAGUUAACUUGGUUAUUUGUAGUCGGUAUGUCAUCUGUGAGAGACUGAUGUCAUGCAGAUUGAAUGCGGAGGCAAACUUAGGGGGCGUGUGUGUGUGUGUGUGUGUGUGUGUGUGUGUGUGUGUGUGUUUGUGUGCGUGCGCGCGCGCGCGUGUGUGUUUUAAAGCCCCACUCCCAGAAUAUGAAGUGAGUGUGAAGGGCACCACAACAACCCCUGGAUCUGUCAAGAAUGUACCUAUUUUUAACAUACUGGAUCAAGUGUCAGCACUCAAUAGGAGAUGAGGAAGCGGGUAGAGACCGUGCUGUAUGGAUUCGGCGGAUGGUAAACGGCUCUCUGGCGUGUUUACUGUACAGCUGUGCAUGCUUAAUGGCUCUGCCGCUGCCAUGUCAGUGCAGCUGUCUGCUUUGGGAAGUGAGGUGUACAGGAACGAGGAGAAUCUUCAAGAGCUGCCUCGCGUUGUGACAUGUCUGAUCCCUCGCUCCAGUCCCUGCAGCAUGAACAAGGGUGUGAACGGCAUGUCUGUGGAUGAGAAGCCUGACUCCCCCAUGUAUGUGUAUGAGUCCACAGUCCACUGCACCAACAUCCUCCUGGGCCUCAAUGACCAGCGGAAAAAGGAUCUUCUCUGUGAUGUGACUCUGAUCGUGGAGAGGAAGGAGUUCCGGGCCCACCGGGCUGUGCUGGCGGCGUGCAGUGAAUACUUCUGGCAGGCGCUGGUCGGACAGACAAAAAAUGACUUGGUCGUCAGCUUGCCUGAGGAGGUCACAGCCAGGGGCUUUGGGCCGCUGUUACAGUUUGCCUACACCGCCAAGCUGUUACUCAGCAGAGAAAACAUCCGCGAGGUCAUCCGCUGUGCCGAGUUCCUGCGCAUGCACAACCUGGAGGACUCCUGCUUCAGCUUCCUGCAGACCCAGCUCCUGAACAGCGAGGAUGGCCUGUUUGUGUGCCGCAAGGACACUGCGUGCCAGCGCCCACACGAGGACCAUGAGAACUCCGCGGGAGAGGAAGAGGAGGAAGAGGAGGAGAGGAUGGAUUCAGAGACUGCCAAGAUGGCUUGCCCCAGGGACCAGAUGCUUCCAGACCCCAUCAGCUUUGAGGCUGCUGCCAUCCCAGUAGCGGAAAAGGAAGAAGUUUUGCUGCCCGAGUCCGACGUGCCGACGGACACCAAGGAGAGCUCCGAAAAGAACGCGUUAACGCAGUACCCCAGAUACAAGAAAUACCAGCUUGCAUGUACCAAGAAUGUCUACAAUGCAUCAUCACACAGUACCUCAGGUUUUGCAAGCACAUUCAGUGAAGAUAACUCUGGCAGCAGCCUCAAGCCGGGGCUUGCCAUGGGGCAGAUUAAAAGUGAGCCACCCAGUGAAGAGAACGAGGAAGAGAGCAUCACGCUCUGCCUGUCCGGAGAUGAGCCUGACGUCAAGGACAGACCGGGGGAUGUCGAAAUGGACCGGAAACAGCCCAGCCCCGCCCCUGACCCCGCCCCGCCUGCCGGGCCCGCCUGCCUGGAGAGAGCCCGGAGCGUGUCCUCUCCCUCCUGUCUAAGGUCUCUGUUCAGCAUAACAAAAAGUGUGGAGUUGUCUGGCCUGCCCGGUACAUCUCAGCAGCACUUUGCCAGGAGUUCAGCGUGCCCUUUUGACAAGGGCAUCACUCAGGGUGACCUUAAAAGUGACUACGCCCCUUUUCCGGGGAAUUAUGGACAGCCCCACAUGGGCCAGAAGGACUCGUCCAACUUCACCAUGGGGUCGCCCCUCAAGGGGCCUGGGUUGGAGGCUCUCUGUAAACAGGAAGGAGAGCUGGACCGGAGAAGUGUGAUCUUCUCCUCGAGUACUUGUGACCAAGUGAGCACUUCAGUGCAUUCGUAUUCUGGGGUAAGCAGUUUGGACAAAGACCUCUCUGAGCCGGUGCCAAAGGGUCUGUGGGUGGGGGCUGGCCAGACCCUCCCCAGCUCACAGGCCUACCCCCACGGUGGGCUGAUGGCUGACCACUUGCCAGGAAGGAUGCGGCCCAACACUAGCUGCCCGGUGCCAAUCAAAGUCUGCCCUCGCUCGCCCCCCUUGGAGACCAGGACCAGGACUUCCAGCUCCUGCUCCUCCUAUUCUUACGCAGAGGACGGCAGCGGGGGCUCGCCCUGCAGCCUCCCUCUCUGUGAGUUCUCCUCCUCGCCCUGCUCCCAGGGAGCCAGAUUCCUUGCCACAGAACAUCAGGAACCAGGCCUGAUGGCAGAUGGAAUGUACAACCAAGUUCGACCCCAAAUUAAAUGUGAGCAGUCUUACGGAACCAACUCCAGCGACGAAUCCGGAUCGUUCUCGGAAGCAGACAGUGAGUCGUGUCCUGUGCAGGACAGGGGCCAGGAGGUCAAACUUCCCUUUCCUGUAGAUCAAAUCACAGACCUCCCAAGGAACGAUUUCCAGAUGAUGAUUAAGAUGCACAAGCUAACCUCAGAACAGUUAGAGUUCAUUCACGACGUCCGGCGGCGCAGCAAGAACCGCAUCGCGGCCCAGCGCUGCCGCAAGAGGAAGCUGGACUGUAUUCAGAAUUUAGAAUGUGAAAUCCGCAAACUGGUGUGUGAGAAAGAGAAGCUGUUGUCAGAGAGGAAUCAGCUGAAAGCGUGCAUGGGGGAGCUGUUGGACAACUUCUCCUGCCUCUCCCAGGAAGUCUGCCGAGACAUCCAGAGCCCCGAGCAGAUCCAGGCCCUGCAUCGGUACUGCCCUGUCCUCAGACCCAUGGGUCUCCCCACAGCCUCCAGUAUUAACCCUGCGCCCUUGGGUGUCGAGCAGAACCUUGCUGCCUCCCAGUGUGCGGUGGGGGACAGUGUGCCCUGCUGCUUGGAGCAGGGCGCAGCUCCCCCUGGCCCGCCCUGGGCACCCAGCAACGCCUCAGAGAAUUGUACUUCUGGGAGGAGGCUGGAAGGCCCUGACCCUGGAACCUUCUCAGAGAGAGGACCUCCCCUUGAACCCAGGAGCCAGACAGUGACUGUGGACUUCUGCCAGGAAAUGACUGAUAAGUGUACAACUGACGAACAGCCCAGGAAAGAUUAUACUUAGUGACUCAGCCUGCCUCCCGGUUCUCACACCUCCCCCACCCGGGUGUUCUGUGGUCAGCCCGUGGCGCUGUUCAUCUGUUGUCUGAAGAACCAAGAAGGAAUUUGGUGCACACUACAGAGGUCUUAGCAGCAAUACUGUUUCUAAGUAUUCCCUCCUCUCUUCAAGCAGGAGUGAUAAAUAGUUACCUUCACAAUGGUGCUACCCCUUGCUCAGGCAAGGAAAGACAACAGUGAUGACACUGUCUGUCUGUGGGUUAAUUUCAAUCUUAACAGGGAUAGACUAAACACCUCUAGGACCCAACCACGGAUUUUUUUUCUCAGUGGCCCAUGUCACAAACCCUAUCUCAGGAAUUUCUUCUGAAUGUUCAAUUUUUUUCAUUGAAGACAGCUUCUAUACACAUCAAAGUUUUAUAGCUAGACUGUACAUAUUAUAUAUAAUAUAUAUAUAAAAUAUAUAUAUCUCUCCAUAUGCAAAAGUCCUGCAUGCCUCAAUUUUCUCAUUCUAAAACUGGAAACUUCAUUUCUCAUUGAUAAACAGGUUUCAACAUUCCUCUUCUUUUGUCUCUGAGGCUAGAACUAGUUUCGUAACUGUCAUGGUCAUUUUUCUUGCUUCACAGUUCAAUUUCACUUUGUACUUAUUUAUGAAUAGAAGUCAAUGUUGGAAGCUUUUUUUGAGGUUUUACUUCAGGCCUUUUUUUUUGUUUGGUUUGGUUUUGGCACCAUCCGCUGGUGCCAUGUGAGUAUUGUGGGUUUGUGUUUUUCUCGCAGAUACUGUACAGUCAUGGUCAACUCUGCCACUUGCACUGAGUUUUGGGUCAAACCUAUUUUCUUAAAUGAAGUUGUAACUUCAGUAUAGCUCAAAUAUACUGUAUAUUCUUUGCUUUUAGUUGAAAAGUAAAACAUUUUAGCUAAUUAAAAAGCACUCAGGUGAUAAUUAUGUAGGAAAAACAAUCUUGCCAAAUAAUGAAUUCAUCCUAGGAUGUAUAGACAAUAAACUGCUUGAAUAUUUUUAUAUUUCACCUCCUCCCCACCCUUCCCUAAGCAAAGUUGAAAUGCAGUUCGUGAGUUCAAAGUUGAUGCCGGAUGUUCAGAUUCCCGAGUGGGGAGAGAGUUUGGACGUCUCACUCAAAAGUGCAUCCAAACAGCAGGAAUUCCUGAUUUUACACCAGAGCUCAGCAGGCAUCGGCUCCUAGAAAUCGAGUUAGAACCGUGUGCUCACGCAGGGAGUAAGUCCCAUUCAUUUCAGCACUUCCUGGAGCCUCUGCUUGCUCCUGGAAGUGUCGUGCUGUAGGACCUUCUCCUUUGAAGGACUUGGCUGACCGGCCACCCAGCUUCCCUGCCCAGGACCAGCCUCCCAGGACAUCUCGCCUGAGGGCAUUUGAGAGGCAGCCCUGGGAGUCCUGCCUCUAAGGGGAUCAGUGCAGCUCGCCCAGAGUAGGAGAGAGCAGGGCAGAUGUGAGCCUGAGGUCUGUUCCUGAUGCACGCGGAAACAUUUCUUUCUCCUUUCCUUCUCCAGAUGCUUUGAGUUGAAUUCUGAGGUUUUUCCACCGGUCUUUUGUCCAAAGGCAAAUUUCAUUCCAGGCUUUGGACAAGAUAUGGCCAGGAGGCCUCCCUGCCCCCACUACACACACCUACCCUCACCUGAUGAUAAUUUUCUUCUCUUGCUGCAAAACUUGUUGGCUUGCAACCCACAGAGCAGCUUCCGUUGGCUCUGGGGGCAUGUUGGCCCCUGGCACGUUUACAGGAAGGUGUGCCCAAAUCCCGCAGCCACAAAGGAGGAGGAACCAGCUCCCUCCCUCCCGUGGGCCCUCCAGCCUGGCUUGGGGAGAGUCCCAGAUGAAUGGUUUGAUGUGGGGAUGGGGUGGUGGGCAGUGGGGACUAGAUGGUUGACUUUGUUUCUUUAUUUGUGCCAUUGUUUGGACAAUAUUAAAGCUGCAUGUAAAAGGGGAAAUUAGUAUAUGAUGUAGGCGAAAAGUGAAAUCAUAGUAACAUAUGUUUUAGUAUUAUUAACUUUUUUCUGUACAAAUAUUAGCGCUAAAUGUUUAAAUAUGUAUGGAUGCCAGAAAUUUGUUGGAUCAUGCAGUAGGAUUUUUUUUUUUUUUAAAGGCUUUUCUUUUAAAAUAGCUCCACUUUUAAAACCUGCCUCUGGGUUUUUGUUCUUUCUCAUGUGUGUAUGUACGUGUGUGUGCCUGUCUGAGACAGAUUUUGAUAAAGCUCUGUGUGAGAGCCACCGUUUUUGUUACGGUUGUUGGAAUUUCUUGGCCCAGGAGAAGGGUUCUGUGCUGCACCGUGAGGUUUGCCUCCGUGGGAAACUGGUGACAGCUCGAAUUCAGACUCAAUGUGAAUCACCUGAUACAUCACAGGUAUGUGUUACGGUGGAGAGUCAGCCAACAGUAUUUUGUUUUUAACUCUCUUGUUGCCUUUUUUAAGUGACCUCCUCUUCUUUUAAAAAAAAAAACGAAUGUUUUCUGCUCAUAUCAUAACCAGGUCCAAACCAGCUUGUUGGCGUGAUUUACCCUGGUGACAACUCAUGUGCAACUGGUAGUCUUGACCACAUUCCGUCCGCUCCCCUUUCUGUUGUUGGGUCCUUGCACACCUGCCCGGCAGCCGUUUCCGGGUGGGGAGGGGUCUCUUUAUUUCUCUCCACCCUAACCCAGCCCACAUCCUCCUCCCACCAACCCCCACCUCGCUUUUCUUCCUCUUCCCCCACCAAACCCCUGCGGUGGGAACUGGUUAAAAACACUGCUCAAAAGACUCUUUCGAUUUCUGAGAGAUUUUUUAACAAGUUGUUGUUAUUUUGUUCACUAUCUACCAAGAACAGCGACUGGCUUUGUGCAAUUGUUUAUGUGAUGCGUCUUUGUGUUUACUACUCUGAACCAUGUGUUUGUCAAAGUUAUUUCUGGGUUGAUUCAAGGGGAGGACUAGCUGGGGGCCAGAAUCCGAAUGGCCUCAAGUGGAGCCCGUCUCCUUUCUCUGGGAUCCCUUGGCGAAGCCCAUGUCUUUUAUGAUAAAGAAAAGCAGUAAACAGCAAGGGAUAGUGUUUGCACAGCAUGUUGACAUUUAGUUGUGUUUUUAAGAGUCCUUCCUUACAAAAAUAAAGGACCCUCCAGCCAUGGACUGUUUAGGAAUCUCCAGGUGGCCAGGGCAGCAUGCUUUAUAGGGACACGGGGACAGUGGAGGUGGCUGUGGGGCUAAUUAACAUCCGCCUGAAUCUAGUCCUCCCCUUGAUCUGCCUUUGCUCUGCUUCUGUCUCCAGACAACCUCCCUUGUUCAGGUUGCUCAGGCUGCGGGCAGGUGAGUGUUUUGCUGUAUGUGUCUGUUUCUCUGCGUUAUCUGGGGGUGCCUUGAAUAAAAUCAAACUUCAAGACAUACUGAUUCUGGAACAAAACAGUUGCAAAAACAAACAAAAGAGCUGGCAAAGUUCCUGGGCCAACCUGCCACUUCUCCUCCGGUUUCCCGAAUAAUGACUCAGGCGUCAGAGGUGAUGCUGCAGUAGAAACGUUAUUUUGUGUAUUGUACAAGUAAUUUAUUAACUGUCUUUCUAAAGGUAUGCUGCUUUUAAGAUGCACUAUGAUUUGGGAUUUAAUCCUUGUGUUGCUUUCCCAAGGAAGUAAAAAAAGGCUAGUGAUUGCUAUGCCAACUGCCCCUUCUCCUUAAAAAGGAGGGCAGGGACCAGCUCCAGGACUUGCAGCGAGGACUGCUGAAGUCAGGGGCGCAGUGUGACGGCCAGUGCGGUCAAGAGGUCUAAACCUACACUUUCUCUUUUAAUACUUUAUGAUUGCCAUUAAAGAAAAAGAAACAAAAUUAUAAACCUUUCAAGAAACCGCCUGGUCCUGCCCCUACGAGCUGCUCCACGUGCUAUGGAGGAGCAUAAUCCACUCAAAAUGAGGACAAGCCUACAAGGCUCUUUCAAACCCCGAUCUGGCUGCCUGUCUCUAUACAUUACACCCCAUUUGAAGUAGGAGCUGCUUAAUAAAUGACUUCAAACUGCUCCACUCUUGCUUAUAGUUUUGGAGGAGUCACAGAUCCAGAAGGAGGAAGAAUCAAGUUUUGUCCUCAAAUCACUGUAAAUAGACUAAGGAACUUUUUUUUUUUUUUUUUAAGAAUAAAGCUGUUCACUGUGUGAUGAGUUAGUGUUUCUUCGCAAAAUCGAGGAUUUUGUUGUAGGUUCAGUCCCUGCCAAGUCAGUCCACAGCACAACGCCCUGUGUGGGGUCGGUGUUCGUGCAGAACGUCUGUGUGUGUGGAGGCAUUCUGUGUUCAAGCUGCGUGUUUUCAGUACUGCCCGAGCCAUCUCAUGACCCAAGCAUCAAAGACUGAUGCUGUAGAAUAGAAUAUAUCUGUGCACAGAUAGUGUGUGCAAGUAGUAUUUGUACAUAGAAAAGACCUAUGGUGGCAGAUUGAGGAUAAAUUAUUCAACUGACGGUGCAAAAACAUUUCUUGCAAAGAAAAGUAAGUGUAUAGUAUUUUCCUACACUCCACCCUGGGAGAUAAUAUUUAUAUCAAAUGAAUAUCAGUGCAUUUUGAUUGUGAUAUGAAAAUGAUGCUGCCGUUUUGUGAAGAAUACCCACUUGGUUGCAGAGGCCCACUUUCGUAGAUUUGAUUUAAUGUUGUGACGUGGUGUAUGCAUUUUACUCUCAAGCAAUGGAUAAGCGACUCUGGCUUUCAUUUUCAUUCCACUUUAUUGACCUCAGAUAAAACAGUGGCCCUCCUUAGAAGCAGAAGUGCACCGAGACCAUUCAUUUAGGUAGACCCGCGUUCAGUGCCAAAUGCUCCCAUGGGGAUGAUGGACGUCUUUAUCAGGAAAGAGUGAAGGGACUUCAACAAAGAGGGUUUUUCCUACAGAUUGAUGCUAAGUCUUCUACCAAAACAUGUCUGGAGGCAGAGGAGUGACCCCUUGAGUCCUAACAAUGCAUUUUGCAUGUGUCAAUGCUGGGGUGCCCAUUCACACUCUGUCAUAAAAGACCUGCCACUAGCAGUGAGUGACCAGGAAGAUUCCAGGUGCAUCCGGGAGCUUUGGGUGCUGGUUACACACAGUGAGCCAUGCGAGGCAAGCACCACCUUUGCUUGUGAGGCCAAAAGGGCCUGUGAGAAUUUGUUCCAGAACCAGUCUGAUGCAAGUGCACCUCUAAUAAAUGCCUUACAAACUCCAGAGGCCAUAUUCAAAACAGGGUCUUCUCAGUGUAUGCAAGGGGCUCCAGCCCCGCCUCUCUUCCUCCCCAGGUCGAACAAUACGGACAGUUCCACACAUAUCUACCUGUAUAACCCUCUGUACCUCUCAUAACUGGUCAACGACUGUAACAGGUUACAUCAGGUGUUUUUCUACAUACUUUUUACACAGAUUCUAUGCGAUUAAUGUAACUUAAUUCAGUGCAUCAUUUUAUUGUACUAGUUCUUAGGCUUGUCUUUUUUUUCUAAGUGAUUGUGGUUUUUCUUGUGGUUUUUAUUGUAAAAAUGAAAUGGCUGUUGAUGCUUAUUCUCUGUAACUAAGAAUUUUUACCUUUUUGGGAAAAAAGCAUUGCUAUGAACUAAUGAAUUGAAACUUCAUUUACUCAUUGUAAAUACACUAUUGUGCAAAAAAAAAAUUUUCACUCAGUUGAAUUGCUAGUGUUAACUGAAUUUUGUCUAGACACCAUUUCUGUUGAUGAAAUAAAGACAUAUCAUUAUGCAUUGUAAACUGA